AUGAGGCCCCAGCACCUCCACCUCUCCGCCGCCCCUGGCGCCCUGGCCUUGGGCAAGCUGCUGCUGCUGCCGCUACUGAUGGCGCAACUCCGGGGUGAGGCAGGAGCCGGGCUGGGCCCAGGGGAGGAGAGGGCCCUGCGGCGUGCGCCCACCCCCACGGAGAGGGCCCUGCUCUCCACGCGGGACGCCUCUGGGGCUCUGUCCCACGCAGACCCCGGCCCCUUUACACCAACCGCGUCCCCUGACCGCUCCCCUCUCUCUCCAGCCGCCGAAUCGCUGCUCCCGGGGAACGACACGGGCGCGGAUCGCGCGGCCCCCGAUGCCCCGUGCCCGCGCCGCUCGCAGCCCUGGCAGGUGUCGCUCUUCAGCGGGCUCUCCUUCCACUGCGCCGGCGUCCUGGUGGACCCGAGCUGGGUGCUCACGGCCGCGCACUGCGGGGACAAGAAGUCACUGUGGGCUCGCGUCGGGGACGACCACCUGCUGCUCCUCCAAGGCGAGCAGCUGCGCCGGACCACUCGCGCCAUCGUGCACCCCAGCUACCGCGGGGGCGUGCGCCCCAUCCUGCCCCGGCGCACCGACGAGCACGACCUCAUGCUGCUGAAGCUGGCUCGAGCCGCCGUGCCGGGACCAGCCGUGCAGCCCCUGCGGCUGCCCUUCCGCUGUGCAGAGCCCGGGGACCAGUGCCAGGUGGCGGGCUGGGGAACCACGGCCAGCCGCAGAGUGAAGUACAACAAGGGCCUGAGUUGCUCCCACGUGACCCUCCUGAGCCCCCAGCAGUGUGAGGUCUUCUACCCUGGCGUGGUCACCUCCAACAUGCUGUGUGCCGGCCUGCAGCGCGGCCAGGACCCUUGCCAGAGUGACUCUGGUGGGCCCCUGGUGUGUGAUGAGACCCUGCAGGGCAUCCUGUCCUGGGGCGUCUACCCCUGCGGCUCUGCCCAGCACCCGGCUGUCUACACGCAGAUCUGCAGAUACGUCUCCUGGAUCAGGAAAACCAUCCUCUCCAACUGA